CGGCUCGACCUCUGUCACAUAACACUGUAUCACUCUCUCGACUCUCGCUUCAACUUCCACUCUUGGCUUUUGAGGCUGUAUUCGAGCGCCCACUACAUAUCGACGCUUGCCCAGCGUUUCGUGCCUCACGUAAAUUGAAAGGAAGCAUAAUAACCAGGAACUUGAAACAGAAACAAGCGCGAUGGCCGCCGGCGACUACGACGGGACGAUCGGUACCUUGCUGAUCGGUAUCUUCUUCAACACGUACCUCUAUGGCCUGGUCACGUACCAGUUCGCCGCGUACCACCGCGCGAAGUUCAAUGACCGGCUCGAGCUGAGGCUGAUGGUUCUGUUCCUGUUCCUCCUGGACACGGUGCAUAGUGCAGCUGUGAUCUAUAUGGCCUGGGUUUAUGUUGUAACGAAUUACGACCAGCCGGCCGCGCUCACGAAUGCGCUUUGGCCGUACACGUUCACGCCCAUCGCGACUGCGCUGGCCGCGCUCUUGACUCAGAUCUUCCUGGGCCACCGUAUCUGGCGCCUGAGCGGGAGCAACGUGCUCUUCGGGAUCGUUAUCCUCCUCGCCAUCCCGUCAUGCAUCCUCGGCUUCCUCUGCGGGAUCAAGGCAUGGAUCAUCAAAGUACUCGUCGAGCUCCCGCAGAUCAACAACCUCGUGACGGGGUGGCUCGUGAUGCAGGUGAUCGCGGACGCGUUCGUGACCGGGACGCUGUCGAUCAUCCUCGCGCGCUCGCGGACGGGAUUCCGGAAGACGGACACGGUGAUCAACCGGCUGAUCCGGGGCGCGAUCCAGACGGGGUUGUUCGCGGGGAUUUUUUCGUUGUGCGAUCUGCUCACGUUUCUUGAGCUGCCGACGACGAAUCUGUAUGGGAUGUUUGCGAUUCCGAUUGGGCGGAUUUAUACGAAUACUCUGCUGGACACGCUCCUUUCGCGCCAGGACCUGCGAAAUCAGAUGGCAAGCGGCACAGCGGUCAACAUGGACUCGAUGAGUGCGUGGGGACCUUCGCAGGGGAGCCGACCCGGGAACGUGCACCAGCUGUCGGAGCUGGAGAUCCGGAAAGAGGUGCAGGUCGUCUCGGACACGGGGUCGUUCGAGACGAAGGGCGCCAUGCCCAUCCCGGAGGAGCCCUGAGGGGCUUCUGCUUCUGCUUCGCCAAAGGCUAUCAUGCCGACAGGAAAAGGAUGUGCCAGUCCACCGUGACUGGCAGGGUGCUGGCUCCCAAUUUCAGCCUGGCCAGCCUACGGGGGCGGCUCAUGGCUCUCGCACACGGCUCGAGCGUGCUUAUUUAUGUGUUCUUCUCCUUCUUCUCCUUCUUCUUCGUGUGUGUCUUAUUGCUUCGUGUUCAUUGGCCUGGUUUCGCAUUUGGCAUCUCUGUCUCAUCAUAGAUUCGAUUCACUCAUUGCAUGUCCCACUCUCAUUUGCUCUCGCUCUCUCACUCUGUGGUCUCUGUCGCUGCUAUCCCCUCGCUAUCGUACACUCGUUCAACGCUGGACUAAUGUUUAUAGUAAGUUACGACAUCAAUAUAACUUGACUUGAAAC